UCACGUGGCCGUGCGGGUGGCUUCUGUGCCGUGAUCGCGGGGCGCGCUGAGUGCGGGGCCGGGUGGGGGACGAUGAGCGGCGGCCGGCGGAAGGAGGAGCAGACGACGCACUCGCAGCAGCACCUGGUGGCCAACGGCGGCGGGGGCGGCGCCGGCCUGCGGGGCUCGCUGUGGAGCAAGGCGGUGCGGAGCGACUCCGUCUGGGAGGACAAGGAUGAGUUUCUAGAUGUGAUUUAUUGGUUCCGGCAGAUCAUUGCUGUUAUUUUGGGAGUGAUCUGGGGCAUUGUUCCACUAAAGGGAUUUAUAGGCAUAGCAAUAUUCUGCCUCAUAAAUGCCGGUGUCCUGUACCUCUAUUUUAGUAGCUUCCAGCAGAUAGAUGAAGAAGAGUAUGGGGGAACAUGGGAGCUUACAAAGGAAGGGUUCAUGACGUCUUUUGCAUUGUUUUUGGUUGUCUGGAUAAUCUUCUACACUGCCAUCCAUUAUGAUUGACAAGCCAGAUCAAUUAUCAUAAAAGAUAAAAGAACACUUUAAGAAACAGCCUCUGAUGCCUGGGGGGGAGGUAAAAUAAACCUGCUUUGAUACCCAAGGUCCGAAGAGAUAGGACAGGCUUCAUGGCUCCUGAGAAGAGAAAUUGAGUCUGUGUUGAUUAUUUUAAAAAGUGUUGCUUUUCUGGAACUUAAAAAAGCCAUCACAAUAUUAAGCAGUUCAAGACUGUUCAACCUUUGAAUUCUUUUUGUGACCUUAUCCACUACAGUGACAACAAACUUCUCUUUGCUAAAGGGCGAACAGUAAUUUGUGCCCAUUUUGUUGUCCUCUCCAAAUGAGAUCUGUUCAAUUUAUGACUUGUCUUCCAUUUGACAAUAUACGGUUUUAAAAUAGUAGCCAUCAUGAGGAUCUUGGCAGGAGGAGAAAACUAUGGAAUUUAUUAUAGAGCACAGAAUUUGAUGGUUGUCCUCGGCUUGUUUUAAGAAAAUUAAAGGUCUGAUUUCAGUAAACUGAUUGUAUUAAGUAUUAAUGUUUUUAAGCGGGUAAUUGAGGGUUCCUUAAAAUCUGGUUGCUUACUUCAGCUAUAACCAGCUAUAAACUGAUUUCCUAAAACUUUCAGAUUAUAACCCGUAUUGAUGAUCAUUGGGUGUACCUGGCUUGAUUGUUAAACUUUUAAAAAGUCACCAUUUUAAGAGCACCUUAAUGUUUUAUUAGCCAAUUAACUUCUCAGAGCCUACCUCAGAGUUCAGUGGUCUAAAUGCACAAAAUAACUCAAAGACAUAUUUCAGAACUCAUUUACUUAGGGGUUUAUACUGGUGUUUGGAAUACAAACACAGUUCAGUUACCAGUUUUAAUACAUAAUUGAAGAAAAUUAAUAUAAUGAAGGCAGCUAAUGUCUUGCACAUGGAACUAUUCCAUCCAUGGUGGGAAUAGAUUGGACUACAGUUUUGAUCUUUGUGAUAAUUAUAGGUAUUGUCGGUAGAAAUAAUGCAUUGGUAACUAUACAAUAGUUUAGGCUACUUAUGAUUCUUAUUAAUAGAUCUUGUCCAGGAAUAUUUUUAAAAAUACAUACAUUACUAUCUACAUGAGUCUCUUCAGGAACUAGACCCUGGCUUUCUAGUCUUAAUUGAAGAUUAAUGAGCAGAGGAAGGAGGUUUGCACUAAGACUGCCUUAUGGUGAGAACCUGACCUGAGUCUUAAUACACUAGGGAUGGAUUCUUAUGUUGUUCUUGCUCCUCUGUCAACCCCUCUUUUUGGCAUACUUCACUUUCCAGUCAACUUUCUAGGUAUCAUAAAUACCAACUUGUCUCCCUCCUCCUCUCUGCUCAGUUCUAGCAUCAAAGGAGAAUUCUGUCAUAGGAAAGGCAGAAGUGCUAUAAGUGCUGAGAGCCAUAGCAGGGGCUUUUCUUGCAAGUCUUCAUUGCCAACUUUUACUGAAUAGUUUUACAUUCAGUCUGCUCUUCUGUUGUGUGGAUUAAUCUGUCAUUCUCCCCUAAAACUUGAUUUCUGCUAGUAUUUAAAUUACAUUUCUCAAUCAGCAUCUGAUUGUAUUUACUUAAAGCUAUAGUCUCCCCCAAUAUAUUAGAUCAUUUUAUACAUGAACAUGCUCUAAUAAAUGUCACAUGGUUAUGAAGUUGGUAUGGCUUUUUCAUUUGUAUUAGCAUUCUUUUAUAUCUGAUAAGUAUUAAAGCUUCAGGGUUGACUUGUUACUUAAAUGGAUCUGUUGACUUUGGAAAGGAUGGGUACCACUUACAUUUAGCUAAAUCUGGCCAUAAAUAUGCUUGCUUGCUUUAGCAUUUUGACAUCGCUUUUCCAUGACCAAGAAGUGUAAUCCUAUAGUGGCAUGUAACUGGGUCCUGUAGAAGGAGGAAAGCAGGCAAAAAACUGUUUAAAUAAAUGUGCUGGCAGAA